GCGCGGGCCCGGCGCAUGCGCACAGCGCCGGCGGAAGCGGCGGAACCGGCAGCGCUGGCGGCGGCGGCGGAGCAGCAGCAGCAGCAACGGGGGAGCGGCGGCGCUCGGGUGGGGCUGUGCCUGCUGUGCGGGCUGCCCGCGGCCGGCAAGUCCACGCUGGCCCGCGGCCUGAGCCGCCGGCUGCGGCAGCGGCCGGGCUGGGCCUGCGCGCUACUCGCUUACGACGAGCUCAUCCCGCCCGAGGCCUUCCGCCCGCGCGCGCCGGGGGCGGGCCCGCACGAGCCGUCCCCAUUGCUGCCCGGCUGGAAGCAGAGCCGCCGCGAGCUGCUGCAGUGCCUGGAGGGGCUCCUGCGGGCGCUGCUCACCGGGGCGCCGCUGCCCGGCCCCGCGCAGCCGGGCUGGCAGCGCUUCCUGGGCUGCUGCCGCCGGGAGGGGCUGCUGCCCGCCGCGGAGCGCGGCGCCGGAGCCGCCUCCCGGCCGCUCGUCCUCCUGCUGGAUGACAACUUUUAUUACCAGAGCAUGCGCUACGAGGUGUACCAGCUGGCCCGCAAAUAUUCCUUGGGCUUCUGCCAGUUAUUCUUAGAGUGUCCAGUGGAAUGCUGCCUGCAGAGGAAUCGCCUCAGAAGUGAUCCUGUGCCUGAGCAGACAAUACAAUUAAUGGCAAGGAAAAUAGAAAUGCCAGAUCUCAGGAAAAACACCUGGGAGCAGCACAGCCUCAUUCUGAGUAGUUCUGAUUGCAUCUCAGAGGAUGAUGAGCAGAUCAUGAACUUGCUGGCCACUGCUUUGGAGAAUCCAGAGAGGCCAAACGAGGAGGACACGGAGCAGAAGGAGGCAGCUCGAGCCAUCUGUGCAGGCAGUGCAGUCCACCAGGCUGACCAGGCGUGCAGGAGAGUCAUCUCUGAGGCCAUGCAGGAUGCCAAAGGUAAAAGUGUUCUCCCAAGUGAGAUGAAGAGCCUGGCAGAAGAACUCAACAAACUGAAAGCAGAAUUUUUGGAAGACUUGAGGCAAGGAAAGACUUUGAAAACCCAAUAUUCUGACCCUGCUACAAGUGUUAUUUCUUCAUUCCAACAUGAGGCAAUCAAUGUAGUAAAUAAAUAUAUUUUAAAAUAAUGA